AUGCGGCCGAAGGUUGGUCGUGCGUUCAUCUUUGCCCUCGCCGUCUUUUGUGGGUGUCUCGGAGUAGACAGAUGCCCCUCCUACCAGCUGGUUUCGCCGGCGCAAGGCCUCCUCGUCGAGGCUAGCAAAUCGGCAUGCUCGUCGGCUGCUGCACGAUCGCCUUCGCCGGGCGCGGCGGCUGCGGCCGCGGCAGCCAGCGCCAAACCCGGGCGUCUGCGUUCGUCUGCGCCCCCGCCUGCGGAGGCAGAGCGUUCAAAGGCUCUGCGUCCUCAGUCGCAGGGCAGCGUUCAAGCCGCGGCGGCGACGCACGCAUGGGGCGCCGGCGCGUCCCCACGUGCCCGCAAACAGCCUCUUCCGGGGACCGCGCCCAGCGGCGCGCAGCCCGUCGACUCUGCGAGCGAAGAAUCUCGCGGCUCACGCGCCGCCGCCUCUUCAAGCUUCAGCGGAUCGCACGGCUCGGGCCGGCUCGCCAGCUUCGUCAUUUGCCCCCCUGCCGACGGCGCGGCGAGGAUUUCGAAGUGCCGCUGCCUGCGCAGCUGCGCGAAGCAGACAAACGCCCCAGGCGCCUUCUGUAGCGCGCUCUGUUCGCAGCGGCACUCCGCGGAGCGGGAGACGACGAAGCAGCAGCAGGGCGAACCUGAGACAGACGCGAAAGGUGGCAAAGACGGCGCCGCAGGGCGACCUGACAUCGCGGCCGCCAAGCGCCAACUCGUCAAGGACUGGGUCGAGGAGAUCAUCCGCAGGCACAAAGUGGUGAUCUUCGCGAAGAGCUACUGCCCGUACUGCCAGGAUGCGCUGGAGAUUCUGAGAGAUGUAGAGUCGAAAGAUGUGCGCGCAGUGAUGAUUGACAAGCUUCCAGAGAUGGACGUGAUUCAGGACGCCCUCGAGGAGAUGACGGGCGCUCGCACAGUUCCGCGAGUUUUCAUUGGCGGUGCCUUCUUCGGUGGCUGCUCAGACUUGGAAAACGCGGACGAAGACGGCACGCUCGUGCGCAUUUUGAAGCUCGCGGGAGCCCUCUGA